GCUGUGAACAGGAAGGAAGCUGGUGUAUUUAAGCAGUUAGAUUUCCGUCUUGUGCCUGCAGACCACAGCAGAGAGACAUCUUUAGACAAUGACCUUCAGCUUUUCACGCAGACAGAUGAGAGGAGCAGCUAUGAUUUUAACUGCAGCAGUGAGAGGAUUUGCCGUCAUCCUUCUCUCUGUGUCAGUGGUACAGGGUCAGAAUGGCUGGAGAGUGACUUACACUUCUACUCAGAUCUGUGCUGUAAAAGGAUCAACAGUAGAAAUACACUGCAGCUACACAUAUCCAUACAGUACAUAUUAUCAAGUUCAACAGAAAUUGUGGUUUACUAAAGGCACUAACAAAGAACCUGUGGAUCUAAAAUCAGACUCAGACUAUAAAGGACGAGUGGAGUAUCGUUGUUCUGGGCAGAGUUGCACUGUGAGAAUCACAGACCUGAGAGAGAGCGACUCAGCUGAGUACAAGUUCAAAUUCAUAACAAACCACCCAGAUGGUGGAUAUACUGGUUCACCUGGAGUCACUUUGACUCUCAGAGCUCUCCAGGUGCAGGUAAUCACAGCACAGCACCUACAGGGUUAUACCCAGGUACAGCUGAGAUGUCACAGCAGCUGUUUGCCUGAUCAUCCUUCCUAUGUCUGGAUCAGGAAUGGGCGAAACACUUUGAGUCAAACAUCUUCUUCUAUCCAGUCUUCAUUUGAUCGUGCAGACUUCAUUUCCUGUGCUUUAAAAGGACACGAGUCGUUUCCCUCUCCAUCAGUGUAUGCUCCAAGAUAUGUUUCAGUGUGGGUGCGCCCUUCUAAUGAAAUCAGGGAGGGCAGCUCAGUGACUCUGACCUGUAGCGGUGAUGCUAACCCAGCAGCUAAAUACUCCUGGUACAAGAAGGAUGGUCAAACACCUCUCAGUAAUGAAUGGCAGCUCUCCUUCAGCUCCAUCCGAUCCUCUGAGUCUGGAGAGUUUUACUGUACAGCUGAGAAUAAGCUCGGCAGGAGAACAUCUGUAUCCAUCUCUGUUGAUGUGACGUAUGCUCCAAAGCUUCCCUCUGUGUCAGUGAGUCCCUCUGCUGAGAUAGUGGAGGGCAGCUCAGUGACUCUGACCUGCAGCAGUGAUGCUAACCCAGCAGCUAAUUACACCUGGUACAAGGAGGAUGAAGACUCAGCAAAAGCAUCAGGACAGAACUUCACCAUCACUGACUUCAGACCUGAACACCGUGGGAGGUAUUACUGUGUUGCCCAGAACAGCAAAGGACAAAUUAACAAAAGUAGUGUGUUUGCGGCUGUUGAGUAUGCUCCAAAGCUUCUCUCUGUGUCAGUGAGUCUCUCUGGAGAGAUCGUGGAGGGCAGCUCAGUGACUCUGACCUGCAGCAGUGAUGCUAACCCAGCAGCUAAUUACACCUGGUACAAGGAGGAUGGUCAUAAACCUCUCAGUGAAAACUCUCAGCUUAUCUUCAGCUCCAUUCAGCCCUCUGACUCUGGAGAGUAUUACUGCACAGCUGGAAACAAGCUGGGAACGAAAAGAAUGGGACACAAUGUUAUUAAUGUAACAUAUGCUCCAAAGCUUCCCUCUGUGUCAGUGAGUCCCUCUGCUGAGAUAGUGGAGGGCAGCUCAGUGACUCUGACCUGCAGCAGUGAUGCUAACCCAGCAGCUAAUUACACCUGGUGCAAGAAGAAUGAUCAUAAACCUCUCAGUGAAAACUCUCAGCUCAUCUUUACCUCCAUUCAGCCCUCUGACUCUGGAGAGUAUUACUGCACAGCUGGAAACAAGCUGGGCAUGAAGACAUCUGGAAACAAACUUAUUGAUGUAAAAUAUGCUCCAAAGCUUCCCUCUGUGUCAGUGAGUCCCUCUGCUGAGAUAGUGGAGGGCAGCUCAGUGACUCUGACCUGCAGCAGUGAUGCUAACCCAGCAGCUAAUUACACCUGGUGCAAGGAGGAUGAAGACUCACCAAAAACAUCAGGACAGAACUUCACCAUCACUGACAUCAGACCUGAACACAGUGGAAAUUAUUCGUGUGAAGCGAAGAACAGUCGAGGAUAUCAGAGCGCCACCUUACAGCUGAUUGUUGGGACUAUGAAACUGGAAAUGAUGAUGAAUAUCAUCAGGUUGACUCUGGUGGUCCUGAUGCUGAUUCCUCUGCUUUUGCUGAGUAUCUGGACAAGGAAGAAGAAACCUGGAAACUUAGAAACUGGAACAGAUCAAACUGUAGAUGUGAUGCAGUUAAACUCUGGUCCUGUUUAUGAGAACAUUUGGGCCUUGAAGGCCUUCACUGCAGCACAGGCAGAUGACACAGAGGAGCAGGAAGACCUGGUGUGA